CAACGGCUAAAAAAAUAAGAAUAAAUACUGCUUCGUUUUUUAAUUUCAUUUGGCCGUUGCUUUCUCUGUCUUAUUGUACACUUGUCAAUCGUAAUUAAUUCUGAUAAUCAUAAUUAGUUAUUAAUAAUCAACAAAAGCGCGUCCCGUAAAGCAUUGAAUCAGAGAAGAAUCACUUGACAACGACAAUUCAACAAAUCCUUAUUGCUCAUCAUGUGAAUCUUUAUAUAUUCCUUUUUCUCUCCGGAUUAGGUAUCUCAUAUAUUGUUCUUUAUUGUUCUUUGCUCUGUUUGGUCGACGAGAAAACCGAGGGAAACUGAAGGAAUAUUUGUAGUCGUUGUUGAUUAGUUGAUUUUGAUGAAGAAAACGGAAUUUCAUAAUAGCUUCUCGCCUCGUUCGGGUAGAUUGAGAGAAAUUAGAAACUCGUUUCGUAAUCUCGUAUCCAGAAGUCAUGAAACGAUCCUGGAUAAGAAUUUUUUGGAGGAAUUUUAUAUUCCAGAUUAUAUUCUUGUACCUGGAUCAGAGCCCGAGAAUGCUUCUCAUAUACCUUCAUGUCCUGUGAUUGUGUUCAUCAACUCAAAAAGUGGAGGCCAGCUAGGAGGAGAGCUUUUACUUACAUAUCGUACACUUCUUAAUGAAAACCAGGUUAUUGAUUUGAGAGAAAAGGCUCCUGAUAAGGCACUUCAUCAAAUUUAUGCAAAUCUUCAAACAUUGAAGACUAAUGGUGAUGAAUUAGCUACUGAAAUUGAGAAGAGACUAAGAAUCAUAGUUGCAGGUGGAGAUGGUACAGCUGGUUGGCUUCUUGGUGUAGUUUGUGAUCUCAAACUACCUCAGCCUCCACCUAUUGCCACAGUACCACUAGGAACAGGAAAUAACUUGCCAUUUUCGUUUGGUUGGGGAAAGAAAAACCCAGGCACUGAUCGUUUAUCUGUGGAGUCAUUCUUAGAACAAGUAAAGGCUGCCAAGGAAAUGAAAAUUGACAGCUGGCAUAUUAUCAUGAGAAUGAAAUGCCCAAAAGAAGGUUCUUGCGACCCUGUUGCACCUCUUGAGCUACCCCAUUCUUUGCACGCGUUCCAUCGUGUCUCCGAAUCAGAUUCAUUAAAUAUGGAAGGUUACCACACUUUUCGUGGGGGGUUUUGGAACUAUUUCAGUAUGGGAAUGGACGCCCAAGUAUCAUAUGCCUUUCACUCUGAAAGGAAGUUGCACCCAGAAAAAUUUAAGAAUCAACUAGUGAAUCAGAGUACUUAUUUAAAGCUUGGAUGUACUCAAGGAUGGUUUUGUGCCUCUCUUUUUCAUCCUUCUUCACGGAACAUAGCACAGCUUACAAAGGUUAGAGUCAUGAAAAGCAAAGGUCAAUGGGAGGACCUCACCAUACCUAGCAGCAUCAGAUCUAUUGUUUGCCUAAACUUGCCCAGUUUUUCUGGAGGACUCAAUCCUUGGGGAAAACCUAGUGGGAAGAGAGCGCAUGAUAAGGACUUGACGCCUCCAUACGUAGAUGAUGGCCUUAUUGAGGUUGUUGGUUUCAGAAAUGCUUGGCAUGGGCUUGUUCUGCUGGCUCCAAAUGGUCAUGGGACUCGUCUUGCACAGGCAAGUAGAAUUCGCUUUGAGUUCCGUAAGGGUGCAGCUGACCAUACAUUCAUGAGAAUUGAUGGGGAGCCUUGGAAACAACCGCUUCCUGUUGAUGAUGACACAGUCGUCGUGGAAAUUUCUAACCAUGGCCAAGUAGCCAUGCUUGCAACCCCAUCAUGCCAAUCCAGAAGUAUAAAUGACCCGGCUUCACCUACUAAUGAUCAUGAUGAGGACGAUAAUAAUUCCAGUGACGAAGACAAUGAAUCUUUAGAAGAUAAGGAAGAGCGAAGAAAGUUUGGAGCAGCUGACACUUUCAAAUUUCCUGAUGAUUUUGAUAUCUCUCAGCUUAGUUGAACACCAAACACAUUCUCCUAUAUUUGCUUUUUGCAGACUAGCCUUAGAUUUUUGUUACAUUUUUUUUUUUUCUCGAGAAUUGAUUUUGGUUACAUGUUAAUUUUUUUUGCUUUGGCUGUAGGCUAUAACUGAAUUGUGUCUAUUAGUUCGCAAUGUACAGCCCCACCAGAAAAUCAAUUUUUCAUAAUCAUGGAAUGGAACUCUAUAUAUAUAUCAACCUCAUUAUUAUGGUAUAUUAACAAAUUCCUGUGGCGCUUUAAAUUA